AUGGCGCUUUUUACAGCGGUGAAGGAAGGCGAUCUUGUAAAGACAAGGUCUAUUCUAGAAGACGAGACAAGUGAUGCCAAGCUAGUCGUACUGCACAGUGUGGAUCCUGAUGGAAAUACAUCCCUUCACAUCGCUUCGGAAGAAGGGCAUAUUGACCUCGUGACCUAUUUGAUUGAUUUGGGGGCGGAUCUAGAAAAUCGAAGUAGAAGCGGUGACGCCCCUCUUCACCUCGCGUCUCGGAGUGGUCACCAGGAUGUUGCUCAAUAUCUCAUCGGUAAAGGAGCAGAUAUCAAUAUUGGUGAUAGCAAUGGCUAUACACCUAUCUAUCUUGCUUCGGAGAAGGGUAAUUUUGGUGUUGUUGAAUGUUUAGUCGAUUCUGGAGCAGAUGUAAACAAAGCUUCAUAUAAUGGUUCUACACCCAUUUAUACUUCAGCAAGUAAGGGUCACCUUGAUGUUGUGAAAUAUCUCAUAACUAAAGGAGUCGAAAUUGACAGAGAUAGUGGUGGUGGCUAUACAAGUCUAUAUAGCGCUUUACAGGAGGGACAUCUCGCCUUAGAUAAAUUUCUGGUAGAUGCAGGAGCAGAUGUGAACCGAUUGAUAAAUGAUGAUUCGCCACUUCAUGUCGCAUCAGAAAAUGGUUACCUGGACGUUGUUAAAUGUCUCAUCAGUGAAGGAGCCGAAAUUGACAGAGAUGGCGAUGAUGGCUAUACACCUUUGCAUCUCGCCUCACUGGAGGGUCACCUUACUGUUGUUGAAUGUCUGGUAGAUGCAGGAGCAGAUGUAAAUAAAAAAGCAAAAAAUGAAUGGACCCCUAUGUAUGCAGCAUCUAAUAAAGGUCAUCUAGACAUAGUGAAGUAUCUGAUUACAAGAGGAGCAGAUAUUGAUAGGAGAGGUUAUAACGGACAGACGCCCCUAGGUGUCGCAUCAAUUUAUGGCCAUCUUGCAGUUGUCAAGUAUCUUACCAGUCAAAGAGCAGAUAAAGACAUGGGUGAUAACGAUGGAUGUACACCUCUAUAUGCUGCUUCAAAGAAGGGUCAUCACGAUGUUGUACAAUAUCUAGUGAACGAAGGAGCAGAGGUGAACAAAGCAGCAAAGAGUGGUUCUACACCUCUGCAUGUAGCAUCUCAUGAAGGUCAUCUUGCAGCUGUCAAGUAUCUUAUUAGUCAAGGAGCAGAUAAAGACAUGGGUGAUAAAAAUGGCUAUACACCUCUAUAUGAUGCUUCACAGGAGGGUCAUUACGAUGUUGUACAAUAUCUAGUGAACGAAGGAGCAGAGGUGAACAAGGCAGCAAAUGAUGGUGAUCUUUCCCUCCAUUUUGCCGCUCGUCUGGGUCAUCUAGACAUAGUGAAGUAUCUGAUUGACAAAGGAGCAGAUAUUGUUAGGAGAGGUUAUAACGGUAAGACGCCUCUUCAUUUAUCAUCAUUACUUGGCCAUCUUGCAGUUGUCAAGUAUCUUAUCAGUCAAGGGGCAGAUAAAGACAUGGGUGAUAUAAAUGGCUAUACACCUCUAUAUGAUGCUUCACAGGCGGGUCAUUUCGAUGUUGUACACUAUCUAGUGAACGAAGGAGCAGAGGUGAACAAAGCAGCAAAUAGUGGUAAUCUAUCCCUCCAUACUGCCUCUCGUCGGGGUCAUCUAGACAUAGUGAAGUAUCUGAUUACAAGAGGAGCAGAUAUUAAUAGUAGAGGUAAUAACGGCAAGACGCCUCUUGGUGUCGCAUCAUUCUUUGGCCAUCUUGCAGUUGUCAAAUAUAUUAUCAGUCAAAGAGCAGAUAAAGACAUGGGUGAUACAAAUGGCUAUACACCUCUAUAUGAUGCUUCACAGGAGGGUCAUUACGAUGUUGUACAAUAUCUAGUGAACGAAGGAGCAGAGGUGAACAAGGCAGCAAAUUAUGGUGAUCUUUCCCUCCAUUUUGCCGCUCGUCUGGGUCAUCUAGACAUAGUGAAGUAUCUGAUUGACAAAGGAGCAGAUAUUGUUAGGAGAGGUUAUAACGGUAAGACGCCUCUUCAUUUAUCAUCAUUACUUGGCCAUCUUGCAGUUGUCAAGUAUCUUAUCAGUCAAGGAGCAGAUAAAGACAUGGGUGAUACAAAUGGCUAUACACCUCUAUAUGAUGCUUCACAGGCGGGUCAUCAUGAUGUUGUACAAUAUCUAGUGAACGAAGGAGUAGAGGUGAACAAAGGAGCAAAUGGUGGUGAUGUACCCCUCCAUGUUGCCGCUGGUCUGGGUCAUCUAGACAUAGUGAAGUAUCUGAUUAACAAAGGAGCAGAUAUUGAUAGGAAAGGUUAUAACGGCAAUACGCCUCUAGGUGUCGCAUCAUUCCAUGGCCAUCUUGCAGUUGUCAAGUAUCUUAUCAGUCAAGGAGCAGAUAAAGACAUGGGUGAUAACAAUGGCCAUACACCUCUGUAUUGUGCUUCACAGAAGGGUCAUCACGAUGUUGUACUAUAUCUACUGAACGAAGGAGCAGAGGUGAAUAAAGCAUCAAAGAAAGGUUAUACACCUCUCUAUUCAGCAUCUUGUAAAGGGCAUCUAGACAUAGUGAAGGAUCUGAUUUCUCAAAGAGCAAAUCCGAAUUCUGGUAAAAACAAUGGAGAUACACCUCUAGAUGCUGCUUCACAAGAGGGUCAUCAUGAUGUUGUACAAUAUCUUGUGAACGAAGGAGCAGAGGUGAACAAAGAAACAAAUGAUGGUUAUACAUCUCUUUAUGCAGCAGCUUAUCAAGGUCAUCUAGAAAUAGUGAAGUAUCUUAUUUCUCAAAGAGCAAAUCCGAAUUCUGGUAAAAAAAAUGGAGAUACACCUCUAGAUGCUGCUUCACAAGAGGGUCAUCAUGAUGUUGUACAAUAUCUUGUGAACGAAGGAGCAGAGGUGAACAAAGGAGCAAAUGAUGGUAAUAUACCCCUCCAUGCUGCCUCUCGUCGGGGUCAUCUAGACAUAGUGAAGUAUCUGAUCAGUCAAGGAGCAGAUAAAGACAUGGGUGAUAAAGAUGGCUAUACACCUCUAUAUGCUGCUUCACAGGAGGGUCAUCAGGAUGUUGUACAAUAUCUAGUGAACGAAGGAGCAGAGGUGAACAAAGGAGCAAAUGAUGGUAAUAUACCCCUCCAUCAUGCCUCUCGUCGGGGUCAUCUAGACAUAGUGAAGUAUCUGAUCAGUCAAGGAGCAGAUAAAGACAUGGGUGACAACAUAGGCCAUACACCUCUAUAUGUUGCUUCAAAGGAGGGUCAUCAUGAUGUUGUACAAUAUCUAGUGAACGAAGGAGCAGAGGUGAACAAAGCAGCAAAGAAUGGACGGACACCUCUGUGGAAAGCAACUCAUAUAGGUCAUCUAGACAUAGUGAAACAUCUGAUUGACAAAGGAGCAGAUAUUGAGAGUAGAGGUUAUAACGGUAAAACGCCUCUUGGUGUCGCAUCAUUCUCUGGCCAUCUUGAAGUUGUCAAGUAUCUCAUCAGUCAAAGAGCAGAUAAAGACAUGGGUGAUACAAAUGGCUAUACACCUCUAUGUGAUGCUUCACAGGAGGGUCAUUACGAUGUUGUACAAUAUCUAGUGAACGAAGGAGCAGAGGUGAACAAAGCAGUAAAGAGUGAUUCCACACCUCUGCAUGCCGCAUCUCAAAAAGGUCAUCUAGACAUAAUGAAUUAUCUGAUUAGCAAAGGAGCAGAUAUUGAUAAGAGAGGUUAUAACGGCAAUACGCCUCUAGUUUUUGCAUCUUUCAAUGGCCAUCUUGCAGUUGUCAAGUAUCUUAUCAGUCAAGGGGCAGAUAAAGAAAUGGGUGAUAACGAUGGCUAUACACCUCUAUAUGAUGCUUCACAGGAGGGUCAUCACGAUGUUGUACAAUAUCUAGUGAACAAAGGAGCAGAGGUGAACAAAGCAGCAAAUGAUGGUGAUCUACCCCUCCAUGCUGCCGCUCGUAUGGGUCAUCUUGACACCUUAGAAGGUGUCACGCCACUAAUGGUUGCCGCCAGGGGAGGACAUCUGGACUGUGUACGUCUGCUGCUCGAAAACAAUGCAGAUAUUGAGAAAGAAGAUGCAGAGGGAUGGACAGUCCUCCAUUAUGCUGCAGCAAGGUGA